UUUCUUAUUUCCCUUUCUUAUUUCCCGUAAGGGAAAUUUCUUUCCCUUGCAGAUAGGAAGAGCAAAUGAAGAGACAUACUGGCACCUGAUUAGGCUGUGCUUCUAAUAGGGACAUUAUUCUAGAGAAAUUUUAGUGUAAGUUCACCUGAGAGAGUGAAUUCUGAGAAUAUUGGCUUAGUAGAGAGGCUAGAUGAAGGUACAGUGAUUUCUCUCUUACAUUCGUUGGAAGUGGUUAGGGCUUAGUGCGAGAUGGUCAGAACAAACAUUUGAUUUUAAAAUGGUUUAUUUUGUACCCAAAGAGUAUAUACUUCCUUAGCAAUUUAGUAAUGUAAGUAUAGCAUCUAUAUUAUGCAUGCAAAUGGUAAGACUUUCUUUCAUUAGAAGUACACUUCCUUUAGCUAGGGGGCUGAUGGAAUUGGUUUGAGUAAUCUGCACAGAAUUAUGCAUAAUCCUUUAUAAAGGUUGGGUGUUCAAAUACAUACAGCUCUUGAUCCUGAUAUCAGUAAAAUAGAACAUACCUCAAAAAGUGAAACCUCACUUUUGUGUAUCUCAGGGAGUUGAUGGCGCCAAAGUGUAGAUGCAGUAGAAAUUCCAAGGUGUCCCUCCUUGGCAGAGAGACUUUUGAACAGGGAAGAAGCUUGAUGGUAUCAGACCCCCUCCAAAGGUGUUAUUUCAAAGUAUAAAAAAGUAGCACCUACUCCUAAGUGAUAACUGGUACUUUUUAAUGAGCCGUGGUAACAUAUUGAAAGUCUUUGUAAAUACUUAAACAGUAAUUUGUGCUGUCUCAGUCUCCCUCAAUCAUGUUGAAUUAUAGAUAAUAAUGUGUGUCCAAAAACUUUUCAUCUACCUGUGUUUAUUAGUAAAAGCAGUAUUGGCAUAAUCUGUGUUUUACUAAAGGAUAAAGCAUUGAAAUGCAUGCGCUUUUCCUUAGUUCAUUAUUUAGGAUGAAAGAUUAUACUGUUGGUAGGGAAGGGGAAGGUUGAUGAAGAGUUGUAGGUUAACAGCUCAUUGCGUAGCAGGUGUUUAUAGCAGGGACUUGGCUUGUAUGACCAUGGGACUCUCUCUUGAGCUGCAGGGACUGCUAAGACGGCACAGUAUCCACCUGACCAAGUGGAACAAGAGGAUCUUUGCCAGUAGUCUGACUAAACUGGUAUUUAGACUAGGACUUAGGAAAGAGGUGAUGACCCUCAAAUCAAGAGGAAAAACUGGUGGACUGAGCUGGUAAACUGAGGAUGAGGAUGAUGUGGAGAGGAGUCCUUGAAAACGACUAAUCAGAGAAGAUAGAAGGCCACACAUGGUGUGAUAGGUGUACAGUUGGUGGUUACCAUGGUAAUGGCUAGUGUCAUACAGAAGAUCAUACCUCACUAUUCUCUUGCUCGUUGGCUUCUCUGUAGUGGCAGAUUUUUUUUCUUUAGCUUACAGUGGUAUCAACAUCCCACUGAAGAAGAACUGCGGAUUCUUGCAGGGAAGCAAAGAGGGAAGAGUAAAAAAGAUAGAAAAUAUAAUGGUCAUAUUGAAAACAAGCCCUUAACCAUUCCAAAAGAUAUUGAUCUUCAUCUGGAAACAAAAUUUGUAACAGAAAGGGACACUAUUGCGUUGCAUUACUUUCCAGAAUAUCAGUGGUUGGUGGAUUUCACUGUUGCAGCUACAGUUGUGUAUGUGGUGACAGAAGCCUAUUACAGCAUUAUGAAGCCCUCACAAGAAAUGAAUAUCAGCAUAGUGUGGUGUCUGCUUGUCCUGGCUUUUGCCGUUAAGAUACUGUUUUCACUGACUACCUAUUAUUUCAAAGUUGAGGAUGGAGGUGAAAGAUCAGUCUGUGUCACCUUUGGUUUUUUCUUCUUUGUGAAAGCAAUGGCAAUACUCAUUGUGACAGAAAACUAUCUAGAGUUUGGAUUGGAAUCAGGAUUCUCGAAUUUCUCAAAAAGUGCUAUGCAGUUUCUUGAAAAACAAGGUUUGGAAUCCCAGGGUCCUGUGUCUAAACUAACCUUCAAAUUGUUCCUGGCUAUUCUAUGUUCACUUAUUGGUGCUUUUUUGACAUUCCCUGGCUUGCGACUGGCUCAAAUGCAUCUGGAUGCUCUGAAUUUAGCAACAGAAAAAAUAACACAGACAUUGCUGCAUAUAAACUUCUUGGCACCUUUAUUUAUGGUUCUUCUGUGGGUAAAACCAAUCACUAAGGACUACAUUAUGAGCCCACCUUUAGGAAAAGAGACCAUUCCUUUAAUGUCAGAGGAUACAUUUGAUACCAUCAGAUUGUGGAUUAUAAUCCUGUUGUGUGUUUUACGGUUGGCUAUGAUGCGUCAUCAUUUACAAGCCUAUCUGAAUUUAGCCCAGAAAAGUGUGGAUCAGAUGAAAAAGGAAGCUGGUAGAAUAAGUAUGGUUGAAUUACAGAAAAUGGUGGCUCGGGUAUUCUAUUAUCUCUGUGUAAUUGCACUGCAAUAUGUUGCACCAUUGGUAAUGCUCCUUCACACAACUCUGCUCUUGAAAACACUAGGCAAUUACUCUUGGAUCAUCUACCCGGGAUUGAAUUCUGACACUCCAGUAGAAGACAAAUUGCUUCCCAAUUCCGUUUAUUCUGAGUCUUCACCUGCUGAUGGAAAGAUGAAAGUAACUGUAGUACAAAUAACAAUGGCUCUGGGAAGCCUGAAGAAUAUUUUCACUCCUCUCCUGUUCCGAGGACUCCUGUCUUUCCUCACCUGGUGGAUUGCUGCUUGCCUUUUUUCUACAAGCCUUUUUGGGCUCUUCUAUCACCAAUACCUGACUGUGGCGUGAACAAGUUAACUGACAGAGCAAGUGUCAGGUCAGAUUCUAGAUACAAACCCAGGUACCAAGAGGAGAUGAAGAGAAAAGAAAACUAUAUAUGUGAAGAGAAAACAUAUCAUAAUUAUUUUUAAACACUUUCUUGGGGUUCUCAGGGUGAAUAAUCUUAAAAUGUUUAAAAUUGCAACUGGGUUUAUUAUUUUUGUUACCCAAAUGGUAGGUAACUAAUUCAAUUACAGUCCUGAGACUGGCUGACAUUAUUGUGUUGUAGAUGGUGGUAAGCAUGCUAAAAAGAUGUGACCUCUGAGUAUCUUGGUUUCCAUAAAUAGAAAGCCAAACUCAAAAA